AUGGCUCCCAGCGUAGUAGAAGAUGCCGCCGUAACCAACUCGGCUCCCAUGUCGCAGUGGACUCCCGAAACCGUCCUCUCAACUAUGGCCCCGCUUGAGAAGCACUCCUCAUCGCCCGUACCCUUCUUCCAUCUCCUCGAGCGCCUGAAGACAACCAAACGCGAAGGUUGGCGUAGGUUCGGAAUUGAUCAAGGAGAGUCGAUCUCGGAUCACAUGUACCGCAUGUCCAUCAUCACCAUGCUCUGCCCCGCUUCCCUCUCUUCUCGUCUUGACGUGCCGCGCUGCACCAGAAUGGCUCUGAUCCACGACAUGGCCGAAGCCCUUGUUGGAGACAUCACACCCGUCGACGGCGUUCCAAAGUCCGAGAAGAACAGAAGAGAAGCCGACACCAUGGACUACAUCUGCUCGACCCUGCUUGGCAAGGUUGGAGGGGGUCUGUCGGGACAAGAGAUGCGCGCUGUUUGGCAAGAAUAUGAAGACAGCCAGACUCUCGAGAGCAAGUUUGUUCACGACGUCGACAAGAUCGAGCUUCUGCUCCAGAUGAUGGAGUAUGAGCGCUCCCACCAGGGCCGCAUCGACCUGGGCGAGUUCUCCUGGGUCGCUCAGAAGAUCGAGUUGCCCGAGGUCAAGGCAUGGUGCAAUGACUUGCUGCGUGAGAGAGAGGCNUUUUGGGCAGAGCUGAAGAAGACGCCCACAGGCAGCACUCUCAACGAGGAGCAGGAACAACAACACCAGCAAUACUACAGCAAGAACACAUAA